GCUCAUGCUCGUUGACCCACCACCAACACGUAGCAGAGCAAACUCUCGCGUAGUGACAUAUUUGGGCCGAAAUUCCUUCUUGCGAAUCCUCGGCUCUUUUUAGCCACGUAUGUCCAAUCCUAUUCUUCGUACUUCGCAUGAGAUAUAUAUCAAAGAUACGACAACAAAAUGUGCAGUGUGUCCUUUUCUAAAAAUCGACCUGGUCACUGAUGAUUCUACGAACGACGAUGAUGAAGAAGCAACAAACGAGUAAUUUUUAAAAGCACACAUCGAUCGCCCCUUAUUUUUUUCGUUUGUAGCAGAGAAAAAUCAUUAGUGGAAUAGGCAGUUACAAUGAUGGAGUUGAGUCACAGUUUGACCCUCAAUGAGGAUGCACUUAAUCAAAUUCCUGAAGCAAAACGUCCAGUUUUUGUCUUUGAAUGGCUUAGAUUUUUAGAUAAAGUUUUAAUUGCUGCUCAAAAGAAUGACAUUAAGGGAUGUCAGCAAAAAUUGGUAGAACAAUUGACAAGGCAUAUGCAAGGUGCUCCAGGACCACCCACACGUCGUUUAAUAGCUCGGUGUUUGGCAACUUUAUUCAGUGUUGGUGAUACAUUUCUGCUGUUUGACACAGUUAACAAGUGCAAUGAUAUUUUAAGGAACAAGGAUGACUCACCAAGCUUUCUUCCUACAAAACUUGCUGCAAUAUGCUGUGUUGGCUGUAUGUAUGAAAAGUUAGGGAGAAUGAUGGGCCGUUCAUAUGAGGAAACAGUUCAAAUUCUAAUCAAAUCUUUACGCUCUGCGGAAUCUCAAACUCGUAUUGAAAUUAUGCACACCUUAGAGAAGGUCUGUGCUGGUAUGGGAUCUGCAGUUACUAAUGUUCACAAAGAAAUAUACAAAGUUUGCAGGCAUUGUUUGACUGAUCGAGUCAUGGCUGUGAGAUGUGCUGCUGCUAAGUGUCUUUUGGAAAUGCUACAUCACGCACCAUUUUUAUAUACGACAGAAAUUGAAAAUGUCUCGACUUUGUGUUUCCGUGCAUUCGAAGGGUCAAAUUACGAAGUACGAUGCGCAGUAGCUAAAUUAUUAGGCACACUUGUUGCAAUGACUCAAAUGCCAGCUCCAAAAGGUCAGAAUCUUCCUUCUACUCAAAGUAAAAAUGCCAAGCAAAUAUCUCUCGAGGAAGUUUUAAACAUUUUGAUGUCAGGAUUUCUUCGAGGUGGUGUGGGAUUUUUAAAGGGAACUGGUGAAAUAAUUAAAGGAAGCUCUGGAGUCAAUAGAGAAGUCAGGGUUGGUGUUACGCACGCAUAUGUAGUUUUUGUACAAAUGUUGGGUAGCACAUGGCUCGAGCGCAAUGUUAGUACACUUGUAGCACACGUACUUGACUUGGUAGCUAAUCCAAAAGCUGCAAGCUCGCACGUUGAUGCCGUUUACUCAAGAAAGUGUAUUAAUUUCAUGCUGAGAGGAACUAUCGGAAAAUUACUUGGAGAAGGAGCUCAAGCUGCUGCGUGCAAAGAAAUUGCACACGUUAUUUUGAAACAAAUGAAUUCUAUUGAUUUUAGUCCGGAAAAUGCAAAAGAUUGCAAUCAAGAAACGAUAUUUAGUCAGCACUUAUUAGUUUGUGCUUUGCAAGAAAUGGGAAAUUUAAUUCUUGGUUUAGGGACUACAGCGUCUAAUCUCCUCAACGACCAGUCUCUAAAUCUAGUAGAAACUACAAUGGCUGUUUUGGUUCAUCCAUGCCAGGCAGCAAGGCUUGCAGCAGCUUGGUGCUUGAGAUGUAUUUGUGUAGCUGUACCUAGUCAAAUUACACCUUUAAUCGACAGAUGCGUCGAAAGUAUUGAAAACAUGAGGACCUCAUCCGAAGCCAUCACAGGAUAUAGUAGCGCAUUAGCUGCAGUUUUAGGUAGUGUUAGAUUAUCACCUCUCGGUGUCCCGCAUACAAAAGGAAAAAUAAUAUUUAAUACAGCUGAAGAAUUAUUACGAAGUGCCAGUCAGAAUAGUCGCUUGUCAUUAAAUAGAACUCAUGCUGGAUGGCUUCUCAUUGGAGCAAUUAUGACUUUAGGAACUGCCGUUGUAAAAGGACUUCUACCAAGGAUGUUGUUGCUGUGGAGAAAUUCAUUCCCACGAUCGAAUAAAGAAUUAGAAAGUGAAAAAGCACGCGGAGAUGCAUUCACGUGGCAAGUGACUUUGGAAGGACGCGCUGGCGCUUUGUCAGCUAUGCAUAGCUUCCUUCUACACUGUCCUGAAUUAGUAAAUGACGACAUCACGCGCAGACUCCUUACACCUAUUGAGUCGGCUCUUGCUAUGUUGUCCAACUUAAAUACUGUACUGAAAUGUUAUGGUCAACAAUUGAAGGCUCCAGCAGCUAUGGUUCGUUUGAGAUUGUAUGAAACACUUUUACUCCUUCCGCCUCAAACAUUUGAAGUUUCAUACACUCAUUUGCUGAGAAUGUUGGUAUCCGAAUUCACACUGGCUGAUAACUCUGGCAAUACAACUACUUCUUUAUUGAGGACUGUUUGUCAUGCAAAUGAUUCGGUUAUUCUUGGAACAUGGCUUCAAGAAACUGACCAUAGGACCAUAGAAGAUCAGAUGGAACCUAACAGAAGAGCUGACGUGGAGCAUUUACAGCCAAACAGUGCAGCUGGUUCGGGAGCUUUGGAACACAAUUCUUGUUGUCUUUAUCGUCCAAUACCAUCAGAUGAGUCGUUACCAGGUCCACUUCCACUUGGCGUAGCGGUAAUUGACAUGUCUGUUUCGCUAUUCGGUCAGAUAUUUCCACGAGUGGCGAACAAGCAUCGGUUACAAAUGCUCGAUCACUUUAGCGAGUGCAUAAAACACGCUAAAUCGGGACGGCAAGAGGCUAUUCAAAUGAACGUCUUUACGGCAUUGCUCAGCGGUUUAAAAGGACUCAAUGAGGCGAAGACCGGAUUCGGUCAGGAAGACGUGAAAAAAUCUGCAACUAAUCUUAUUAUUAGUGCUUUAGUAAGUAGCAACGCCAUUCUACGAUGGGCAGCAGGCGAAGCAGUUGGUCGCAUGGCACAAGUGGUAUCCGACGCAAAAUUUACCGCCGAAAUGGCACAGACGAGUUUCGAUCGCUUAAAAUCAGCUCGCGACGUCGUUAGUCGAACAGGUCAUUCUUUAGCAUUAGGAUGUCUCCACAAAUACGUCGGUGGCAUGGGUUCUAGUCAACAUCUCAACACAAGUGUUAGCAUUUUGCUUGCUUUAGCACAAGAUAAUUCCUCGCCCGUUGUACAAGUAUGGGCACUUCAUGCAUUAGCUUUAAUAGCAGACUCUGGUGGACCAAUGUUCCGAGGCUACGUAGAACCGACUCUUUCAUUAGCAUUAACUCUCCUAUUAAACGUGCCACAUUCUUAUAUCGAUGUCCAUCAAUGCAUCGGCAAAGUUUUGUCUGCUUUAAUCACUGUCAUAGGUCCGGAACUUCAAGGAAACACUUCAUCAAUAUGCAUGGCUAGAUCAUCGUUCUUAUGCGCGUGUGCCAUUAUGCAAGAUCACCAAGAUUCUCUAGUUCAAGCUGAAGCUACUGGAUGUCUUCAGCAACUUCAUCUAUUUGCUCCACGUCACGUUAAUCUUUCUUCUUUGGUUCCUACAUUAUGUCGCACAUUAUCAAGUAAUCACUUGCUCUUGCGAAAAGCAGCAAUCUCGUGUCUUCGUCAAUUAGCUCAACGUGAGGCAAAAGAAGUCUGUGAGCAUGCUAUGACACUUGCUAAUGAAAAUAGGGACACUAAUGUAGUAGAGGGACUUGUAAUAACGGAAACCGGACUUCCUGGAGUUCUCUUUAGUAUGCUCGACACGGAGACCGACAGUCAACUGAUCAAAGAAAUUCAUGACACAUUGACGAGUAUGCUCCAGAUUUUAGCCGCUGGUAAUCUGUCGCCAUGGCUGUCUUUGUGCAAGGAUGUACUUACGGUUGCAUCCGAAUCAAGUACCCUAGAAGAUGCUACAAAUACUAAUCCUGACGAACUAUCAGCUGAUAAUGAAAAUGCGGAUACAGAAGGUGACGACGAUCAAGCUGAAUUCCACGCUGACGAAUCGAAACAACGUCAAACGGUUUCUCCUCGUUGGCCAACUAGAGUUUUUGCUGCUCAAUGUGUGCGUCGCAUUAUCACUGCUUGCGCUAAUGAUAAGCAGAUUCACUUUGAUUUAACUUUAGCCAAGGAAAUGCAGAAUUUCAAAAGCAAAGGAGAUUUCCUUGUUUUACAUUUAUCGGAUUUAGUCCGAAUGGCAUUUAUGGCAGCAACAAGCGAUUGUGAUCCCUUGCGUCUCGAAGGCUUGAAAACUCUACAAGAGAUCAUUGAUAAGUUUGCUAAAGUUCCAGAACCUGAAUUUCCCGGACAUUUAUUACUCGAACAAUUUCAGGCCCAAGUUGGAGCAGCAUUGAGGCCUGCAUUUUCAGCCGAAACGUCGCCACAUGUAACAGCGGCUGCUUGCGAAGCUUGUAGUGCAUGGAUUGGCAGUGGCGUUGCGAGAGAUCUUAACGAUUUAAGAAGAGUCCAUCAAUUAUUAGUUUCGUCUUUAGAAAAAUUAAGAGAAGGGCAUACUCGUCUGCAAGUGUACAACGAAAGUCUGUCCACCCUUGAAAGAUUAGCGAUUUUGAAAGCUUGGGCGGAGGUUUAUAUCGUUGCAAUGAUAAACAAUGGAGCAGCAUUGGAUAACAGAGAUUCCAGCAACCGUGUAAAUUGUACAAUUAAUGAAGAAGAUGAAGAAGGAUUUGGUGAAUUUGAAUUCCAAAGUGAAAGCUUAUUAAGUUUAGUACAACCUGAACUUCCGAGUUUGAGCCAAUAUUGGCUUGCUGCUUUGAGAGAUCACGCCUUGCUUUCUCUCCCUCCGGAAUUUUCAAGUCAACUACCUCACGAUGGUGGAGCUUUUUAUACUACAGAUACGAUGGAAUCUGCGCGUCCGUACUACGCAAAUUCAUGGGCUCCAAUUUUAUAUGCUGCUACACUUUGGCUGAAUGUAAAAGGCUUUGAGUUGAAUGAAACUUCUAAUCUAAAUUUUGACGGAACUAAUAACAAUCACUCACCCAAGACUGAUUCUAACAAAGACCGUUUCCAUUUACUAUUUGGCAUUUGUAUGGAAGCUUUAUGCAGUACACGCUCUUCUGAAUCUACACAAAAUAUUGAAACUUGUUUAAGCGCAUUAUAUACAUUACUUGACUCAAGUUGGGCAAGAAAAGUUCUCAUGAUCAACCGUUCUUUGCCUGUUGAACUUUGUAAUGUUUUGCAUAGACUUUUACUAACUAAAGAACAGUAUUCCAUCCAGAUUAUGGUAAUGGAAGUAUUAAAACAAAUAAUAAAAGCUAGUCAAGAGGAUUUGAUAGAUAGGAAGAAAGCUAAAAUAAAUGAAUUAACAUCAGAUGACGAUGAAACUAAAGACGUACCUGAAGUAGAUUUGCUAGGCGAAGGAGAACAAUCAGGAGAACUAGUGCCAGGAAAAUCUUUAGUUUUUGCAGUAUUAGAAGUAUGUUUAUGUCUUUUGGUCCGCCAAAUUCCAGUGUUAAAUCCAAAUCCUGGAGGAGCAACAGCAAUUCUAAGUCAACGUAGUUACUUGCCGACAGAAGAAAGCGGCAAACUUAUUGCAACUACUUUGACAGUUAUGGAAAUACUACCAACACUUUGCUCUCCUACCGGUUCAGUUUCAAUAUUGCCGACACUCUUAUAUUUGACAACCGGUGUGGUGAGAGAAACCGCUGUCCAGUCCGAAAAUAAUAUUGUUAAAACUGGAAAGGAAACGUCCAUUCAUGCUGCAUUACAUUGUUUGAAAAAUUUUGCCACCAACAAAUAUUCUAGAGAUCCAAGAAGUCAAGACCAAUGGACAACGCAUUUACAGAGUGCACUUGCCAAAAUUAUUGAUCUUGCUAAAUCAGGUAAUGAUGAAACUAAAAUGGAUGAAGUGGCUAUGAUAUUGGGAAUUGCAGUGUUUGUACUCCAUGCUUUACCAGAAGUAGUCAGCCCUCCAAACUUACAAUUCCCCUGUAUUAAUCAUUUUAGACAUGCUAUUCAAUCAGAUAAUAUUCAUAUAAGAAUCAAAUGUAUACAAACUUUGAGAACCAUAUUUAUUCAUCAAGAACGUAGCAUAAGCACACCAUACAUUCAUGCUCUUGCACCUCGAAUUGUAGAAUAUUUAUACACUGAUCAAAGUAAACAAGUAAAAGAUGAUUCGGAAUUGCAAUACACUUUAGAAUGCAUAACAACGAUUGAAAGUCUUAUUGCAUUGGCUGAACCUACUCAACGAGAUUUAUUGCAAGGAAUACAAAUGCUGACUUUAUUGGUUCCAAUUCUAAUUAACUAUUUAUUAGAAGGAGAGACACUUCAACACGGCACAAAAUAUCAAAUCAGUCUUCAUCAACACAGCUUCCAACGGUUAAAUAAAAUAGGACCGAAAUAUCCCCAAGAAUUCAAGACUUUAAUGUCCCAAUCAACAGAGUUGAAAACAAAGUUGGAAAAUGCAGUGCGACUUAGUCAUCAUCAACAAGCUCAGAGACAAACGAAAAUACCUGAGUCAACAAAGCCUCCACUCAAAGUACCUGCCCCAUCCAUAACUCUCAAAACAGAUUUUUCAAAUUUUAAUUAGAUGCGUUUAUUAAAAAAACAAGAUAUUUUUUUAAAUCAUCGGAUUUUCAAGUAUAUGGAUAUAGGUACUAAUGGAUAUAAACUAUAUUUCUAAAUUCCAAAUAAACAUGUUAGUACACAUGUACUUAAAGUUUAUAUGAUUUAUAGUUUUUUCAAAAUAGUUUAAUGAAACACGAUAUUCAUUAUCCCGUAUCUAUAUCAGAAAUCUUUUAUAAUUUUUUCAUCGACAAUCUUUUUACAAACAGUCAACUGAAACGAGGAGUCGUAACAGUAUAUAAAUAUAUAAGACCGUUUAAAGUUUUGUUAUCAGACGAGAGAAAAAUUUAUAAUGAAUAUCGUUGAUUGAUUACGUGUAUACCCAUUUCAUACUAUACUAAUGAUAGAUCAAAGUCAUUAAUGAAAAUGUGUUGACUUGAAAACCUUAAAGAGGCUAUUUACUGAAGCACAAUUUAGAACACGUAUUUUUUAUUCAUUUUUGACUGUGAAGAAUUCAUAUGACAUCAAUUUUAUCAUAUUUAAUGUAAUUUAUUUAUUAUUAAGUUGGAAAAAAACUAACUUGAUAUGUAUAUUUUUAUAAUUGUAAAAUACUGCACAAAAUAGAUUUAUAUUUUAAGAGAGACAUACUUGGUUGUUUAUGAUUAAUUAUGUGCCAUGAAUAAUUUACGGAAAAGCUUUUAUGAAAAUUGAAAUCAAUCUUGCCGACUUUAGUUUUUAAGAAAUCUUGUAAAUUAUAUUUCAUUAAGUAUUUAUAAUUAAUUAUUAAUAAUUCGAUUUCAUCACUAUCCUCGCAUAUUUUACACAAUUAACCUGAAAAUUGCGUAUGUAAUAUAUGUAUAGUUGGUAGCAUAUUACACUGUACAUGUUCAAUUAUUUUUUUUUUAAAACCAUAAAACUGUUAUUAAAAAGUACAAUGUUUUUCUUUUCAUCUUAUUUAUCUAAAAAUAUAAAAGGAUCCGUUCAAAUAUAUUGACUUUGGCGAAUUCAAAUAUUUAUAAACUAAUUUGUAAUUAUAUACUUUUAAAGUUUAUUUGAUAAUUAUAAGACAUUAAAGACUAUCGAGAUUAAAAAUUAUGAAAUAUAAUAAUGCUUAGAGUAACUGAAAGUGAUGUUAUUCAAGUAAAAAUAUAUUAUUUGUAAUUAAAAAAAUAGAUAUAGUAUAGAAUGCACUAUACUAAACUAUUUUUUUCGUAAAGUUUUUUCAACAUUAUGUAAUAAGAGUAUUCCAAAAUAACAAUAGCAACAACAACAACAACAAUAAUAAUAAUAGAUCUACAUGCAGAAAAGAAGUUUUUCAACGUGUAUCUUCAUUCUUUAAACAACAAAUUAAAAUUUAUAACGUUGGUACAUCUGAAGGUCUCAAUAAUCGAUGUAAAACAUUGUAUAAUCUACGAUUAGCGCAAUGCAAGUUAGUGUGAUGUUACAAUUUAAGAAUACAGCAAUUGUAGUUUAUAAAAAUUAUAACAGAAUAGACUAACAAUUAAAUAUUCGAUCCUAUUCAUAAGAAAAAUUUUAGAUCAGAAAUAUUUUUAGCCUGAUUAAUCACUUAUUUUAUAAUAAUUGCCUUAACUCAUACGUUAAAAAUUACUUGCAUGCAGCUAGAUGUUGAUCAGUUCUAUUUAAAUUUUUUAUAUAACAGUUUUCAAAAGUGAUAAAAUAUUUCUCUAGCGAAAAAUCUCGAAUUAAAUUAAAAAAAAAAAAUUCUAUGUUAAUAAACGAACAAAUAUUAGCUUCACCAGUGAAAGUGAUGUAAAGAAAGUAGUGUAUCUACAAAUUAUAAUUUUUUCUUUCGUAAAAUUCAAUUUUUUAAUAUGUAUUCAGCAAAUUAACGCCAAUCAAUAAUUGAAGUAUUCUGUUAAUAAAAGUAAGAGCCCUACACUUUCAUAGAUAAGUACAAACCAAUGUAAAUUAAUGGGUCGACUUUGCUCCAAGAUAUAACCGCGAGUAGUAUUCGCAACAGGAAAAGAGAAAUCAAGAAAAGUCCACAGUUUUUUCGGAUUGAAGUAUUAUGAAUCAAGUUUAGAUCAUCUAGUUUAUUAGUUUCUUUAAAAAUAAAUAUUUGAAUAUGAUGUUUCAACAAUAAUACUGAGCUGUCAUUUAUCAUUUAUCAAGUUACGUAAACAAAUCUCCAAACCUAAAAAAUAUUAUUUCUAAAUCAACAUUUUUAAACGUUAAUUUGUGAAUAAAUUAAUAAAUCGGAUGAUCCAAAUUGAUUCACAGUACUUUGAUCAAUAAAAACUAUCUACUAUGUACGGAGCAAAGUCGACCAUUAAUUUAGAUUGGUUUGUAUAUCUAUGGAACGAUAGGAGGCCCUUAAUAAUACUAAAGCCAGUUUUUAUGAAAUAAUGUAAUAAAAAUUAGUUGAUUAUAAUUAAAUUUGAGUGAGAUUAUAAGAAAAUUGUGAUUUUUUAAUUGAAAUAUAACUAGAUUAUUUAAUUUAUUUCAUUAUUUUGUAUUGUAUAAGAAAAUAAAGA